UCCACAGAGCGGAGCUGCACUUUUCAGCUCAUUUUCCUCCUGUCAUUCCUCCUCCUAUCUUUGAUCAUUGUCCCGCCGCUCGCCCCCCUCCCCAAAAGAAAAAACCCUCACUCAGCACGCCUUUUUUUCGGUAGCUCUUUUUACUUUCCAACUUAUCUGAGGAGCUAAACUCUCGUGGAUUCUUUCAUUUAGGGGUAUCUCGGCAGGCUGGGUUUUCUACUUUGAACUUCGGCUACUCUCUUCCCCUCUUGUAGGUGACCAUGGCCGUACCGGCUGCUCUGAUCCCACCAAACCCUCUGGUCCCACCGCCUCCAAUCUCGACUCCUUCCGCGACGACGUCCCCGCCGUCGACAACUUCAUCACCAUCUCCAUCCCUGGCCCCCCCAUCGGGACCCGGACAGAACCUGUUCAGAUCAGAGCUCCUCGCAACCAGCAGCCCGGGCAUCCCGACCCCAACCGCGGCUCUCCCCCCGAGCAAACCCGUGUACUCGACCCCGUCGCCUGUUGAAAACAUACCGCAAAACAACGAGUGCAAGAUGGUCGAGUUGCGCGGUGCCAAAGUCGCCUCUUUCACCGUGGACGGCUGCGAGCUCAUCUGCCUUCCUCAGGCUUUCGACCUGUUCCUGAAGCACCUGGUCGGCGGACUGCAUACGGUCUACACCAAGCUGAAGCGGCUCGAGAUCACGCCGGUUGUGUGCAAUGUGGAGCAGGUCCGCAUCCUCAGAGGGCUCGGCGCCAUCCAGCCCGGCGUGAACCGCUGUAAACUCAUCUCCAGAAAAGACUUCGAGACCCUUUACAACGACUGCACCAAUGCGAGCUCCAGACCCGGCCGGCCUCCGAAGAGAACCCAGAGCGUGACAUCACCCGAGAACCCCCACAUCAUGCCCCACUCAGUCCCCGGCCUCAUGUCCCCCGGCAUGAUCCCGCCCACAGGCCUGACAGCAGCGGCGGCAGCAGCUGCCAACGCAGCCAUCGCAGAGGCCAUGAAGGUCAAGAAGAUCAAGCUGGAGGCAAUGAGCAGCUACCACGGCAACGCCAACCACCACGGGGCCGACGGAGAGAAUGGAGACCUCAGCUCCAGUGUCGGCCUGGAACUCCCCUUCAUGAUGAUGCCACACCCUCUGAUCCCAGUCAGCCUGCCCCCAGCCUCUGUCACUAUGGCGAUGAGCCAGAUGAACCACCUCAGCACCAUUGCAAAUAUGGCCGCCGCAGCACAGGGCCAAAGUCUGCCCUCCAGAAUGGUCACCUCUGUUAUAAAGGGGUUGCAGGAACGUGUGCCGGACAGUCCCUCCCCUGCUCCUUCCUUAGAAGACAACAGGAGGCCAGGCAGUCACCCAUCGUCCCACCGCAGCAGCAGUGUGUCCAGCUCCCCAGCCCACACAGAAAGCUCCUCAGACAGGAUACCCACACACCACAAUGGUCUCUCCAUGAACCAAGCCUUGCUUGGCCUGUCACCCAACAUCGCACCGGGACCUAAAGAGGGAGACCUGGCCCAUGACAUGAGCCAUGAAGCAAAGAGGAUGCACGCUGAUAAAGAGGACAACCCAAUGUGCACCCCAACAGCAAGAGAUAGCUACGAGCGAUUGUCACUGGCUGGACAGACCCUGCCUCCGGGAUUCCCUUCACCUUUUCUCUUCCCAGACGGCCUGUCAUCAAUAGAGACUCUCCUUACCAACAUACAGGGCCUGCUCAAAGUGGCAAUUGACAAUGCGCGGGCUCAAGAGAAGCAGGUGCAGCUGGAGAAGACAGAGCUGAAAAUGGAGCUGUUCAGAGAGAGGGAGCUCAGGGAGACUCUGGAGAAGCAGCUCGCCAUGGAGCAGAAGAACAGAGCCAUCAUUCAGAAGCGUCUGAAGAAGGAGAAGAAGGCCAAGCGGAAACUCCAAGAAGCUCUGGAGUAUGAAUCCAAAAGGAGAGAGCAGGCCGAGCAAACCCUGAAGCAGCCCUCGCCCUCUGACAGCAUGCGCUCACUCAACGACUCUCUGACCCCUGAGAUGGAGAGUGACCGCAGCAGUGGGAGAACAGAUGCUGAAAGGACAAUACAAGAUGGAAGACUUUUCUUGAAAACCACAGUGAUGUACUGAUAAGGCCACGAGGAGCUGGAGGAAUUUAAAAAACAAAAUGAAAAAAAAGGGCGGGGGGGAGAAAGAAAGAAAAGAAAACUCACGAAGACUUUCGAGAGCCCUUAUCCAGGCAGAUUUAGUAGUGGAAGGAAGUCAAGCUGCUUGUAGGAGUUCAGUGGACAUGCUGUGUUCACCCCAAUGCUGGACGAGGUUGAGUUUGAAUGUAGAAUAAGGAGUCUUUUUUUCAUCGCAGAGGCCAACUAUGAAAUAGUUUGACGAAGCAGGUUUUGACACAACAGCUUGGCCAACGUGAAGGAUAAACAUAUAUAUUGAGCACAGUAAAAAUGUACCCAUGGUACAUGGUUGGUAAUAACUCAUAAAUUCACAGCACUGAAGAUUUUUAUACUGUAUCUCAGCCAGCGAGAAAGCUUCAAAAAAAAAAAAAGAAGAAGAAGAAAUCCGACUGAAGUUCUGUUUUGUAUUUCAAAUUGAAUUUUGAGAAGCUAAAGAGAUGAACCUUUGUGUGUGGGGGGUGGGAAGGGGGCGGGAGGGGAAACGUGAGUUUAUCCAUGUGUUCAUCAAAAGAAGAAGAAGACGACUGAUGUUUGAUUUUCAUGUUUUCUAAAUUAGAUGAUAAUACAAUCAAGUUUCCUUUUUACAUUUGUUGUACAUACGAGAUCCGAUGAUGCUGAUAGGAAAAACUCACUCCAGUCGAACCCGAGUGGAUUGAUAAGGUAUGUGUAUAUAAUGUUAAGAGGUAUUGUGUAUGCAGUAGAACUAUUAGGCAAACAAUACCGCCAUUUAUAUAAACCUUCAGUUUUUGUUUUGUUUUUUUGUUCGGUUUUUUUGUUCCGUUUUGUUUCGUUCUAUCUCUGAGCCGUCAUCCUUUCCUAUAGCUGCCAUUUUGGUGAGAAAGCAUGCAGGCAUGUAAAUGUUUGUCCUGGAAUUAUGAUAUUUAAUAAAUCCUAUAUUGUGCUGAACAAAUACUAGGGUUGACUCACUCAAGCCCGGAUGAUUUUAAAAACAUAAUUAACAAACAUUUCACUUUCAAAAAUGAAGUUUUUUUGUUUUGUUUUUUUGCUGUCAAUACUACUGUAAUCUUUGUAACAGAGGUAAUAUUUCUUGGAAUUUACUGUACAUUUUUGUCAUGAGGCACACUCAGAAAUCAGCACCUCUCGAUGCGUUUUUUUAAAAAAAAAGAAGAAAAAAGAUGAAUUAUUGUCGUGUCAGCUUGAAAAACAAUCAGUCAUGAUGCAACCUUUCAAAUCUAAACGCUAUUUGAUUACAUUGCUCUAAUCCCUGUUUGACCUAUACAAAUACACUUUUUUAUUUUAGGUUUUUUUAUAGUGUUUCACGAUAUCCCGAUAAGAAAAGAAAAAAAAGUCAUCAUUUUACUGUUACUUUCCCUAAAGACUUUUGGAGUUUUGGUGCUGAAACACCUGUGUAUAUUCUCAAGACAUAAGCUGAUGUCAGUCCUUUAACUGCAAAACAGUUUAGACCUUUUGUGUUUUAAUCAGGAGAAGAAGAAGGAGGAGGAGGGAGAGUGUCCCAUGUUCACAAUGUUUGUUCUUUUUUGUUCUCAAUGGAGUGUCUAGGUCUGUUGUCACUGAUAACUUAUAUAACUUCUUGAAUCAUCUCUUCAUUGUAUUUCAAAUUCAAAUAAAGUUAACAUGUUGAUGAUAAA